AUGGUCGUGUGCGACUUCGACCUGAACUUCACCUUCAUUUCUUGUGGCUGGGAGGGAUCUGCUACCGAUGCUAAAGUUCUCCGGUCAGCACUUAAUAGUGGAUUUCAUGUACCUCCGGGCAAGUUUUAUUUGGUUGAUGGUGGUUAUGCCAACACACCUUACUUCUUGGCACCGUAUCGUGGUGUUCGGUACCAUCUGAAGGAGUUUGCACGCGAUAGAGCACAGUGGAAUGCAAGCCUUGAGAAAGAUCUUGUGGACUUGCUUCGUGAGCAUGAUACACCUGAACAUAAGGGUCAAAAUGGAUGGAGCUCAGAAGCAUGGAAUACGAUAGUGAAGAAAUUCCACCAAAAGAAUCCUUAUGCUAGGUACGAGAAGAAGAAAAUCCAAGAAAAGGAAAAAGAGUUGAAAAAAGAAUACAAGAUGAUCAAAGAGAUAAGGAAGCAAAGUGGUGUUUCAUGGGACGACCAGCAGUGCAGGAUUCUAGCGGAUCCACCACUUUGGAAAAACAUCAUCAUAUCACACCCUAAAGCUGGAAAGUUCAAGACAAAAGCCUUCCCUCUUUUUGAAGCUUUGGGAGAAUUGCAUGAUGGCCAAACUGCAGAAGGGACAUAUAACUUCACCUCUAUCGAGUCAUCACAUUGCUCAACCCAAUCACAUCUCGAGAAUCUUGGAGGAGCUAGCAAGAAUCACGGAGAAACAUCAGCUGAUGGUGAGAAUCUUGGAGGAGAA